AUGGUCUCUGUGAGCUGCCAGGACCUGCUGCCCUCCCUGCCCAGCCCUUCCCUGCUCGAGGGCCUGGCCAGCGCCCUGCAGUGCAGGAUGCCACCGUCCCUUCUGCCAGGACACGGCGGUGACAGGACACGGGGACACCCAGAGGGGCCCCCCAAAGCCCAGCUCAGCGAGGCUCAGCUCAGGCUGCCGGACUUCAGCCCCUCGCAGGACUUCAUCCCCACGCUGGAGGAGAUCGAGGAGUUCCUCAGGGAGAAGGCAGAGCUCCCCAGGGGUGAGGCAGGAGAGCCUCACCCAGCAGGGUGGAACGGGGAGAGCAAAGCUGAGCUCGGCUCCGGGACACAGCCCAUCCCCAGAGCACAGGAGGGAGGAGCAGGACAUGUCCCAAACGCUGUGGGGACAGCUGGUGACCCUGCUCUGGCUGCUGGUGACCAGGCUCUGGCUGCCGGCAGCAUCCCCGUUGUCCUGCAGCUCCAUCCUCUCCCCAUGGACAGCAUCGCCCCCCCAGCACACCCUGGGGGUGUCAGUGUGGCCCAGCUGCUGAUCAGCCUGCAGAGCCCAAACCUGCCCGUCCUCCCUCAGCUGCAGCCCCCGGGCUCCAUCCCGGAGCAGAAACACGUCAGGAUCGCCCCUCUGCCGGCGGGGCCAGGGGACGUGCGGGGGGCAGAGGCUGCCCCCGGGGGCCAGCAGGGUCCCCGUGCCCCGCUCCGCCCGCACCGCUGCUCCCACCCCGGCUGCGGGAAGGUUUAUUCCAAGAGCUCGCACCUGAGGGCUCAUUUCCGCCGGCACACGGGCGAGAAACCCUACACGUGUGCCUGGCCCGACUGCGGCUGGAGGUUCUCCCGCUCGGAUGAGCUCUCCCGCCACCAGCGCUCCCACUCGGGGCUCAAGCCCUACCAGUGCUCGGCCUGCCACAAGAAGUUUGCCCGCAGUGACCACCUGGGCAAGCACCUGAGGAUCCACCGGGGCCAGCCCUGCAGGGCCAGCACGUCCUGA